UCUAUUCAUAAAGUUGGCCGCGUGGUUUUCUGAAACCUAGUAAUGAAUAGUGCUGAAUUUCAUACCGGCAUCAGUAUAGUGUGAAAAUCGAUAAUUGGUGAACAAACCGGCUUUAUCCGCAUCUAAGAUAAUCUCGAGCGAAUCCAAAAUUUCCGAAAAAGUCACAAAUCAACGUAUGAUGAGAUAAUUGUCGAUUAUGAAAAUUUAUUUAAAAUUUUUAUUAUAUAAUUUAUUCACAUUGGUAUUAUCGAGGAAAAGGAAGAGGUUAAAGUGAACGGACUCCAGAGAUCUUCGUCCAGUUUUCCCAAGUUCCUUAAUUAUUUAUUACACAAGUGAUACUACAUUAUUUAUUGUUGAUUAGGUUUAUAUGAUAUUGUUUGUUAGUUUGAAAAUAUUGAAAAUGGAAAGUUAUUCUUGAUCUUGAAUCAUUUUACGGAUAUCGACCUAAAAUAAAUACGAACAGUUUAUUAACGCUGAUACAGGAACUAACAGUAACAAAAAUGACAAGCAACUUGAAAAACGGCAAGGACUUCCACAAAACCAAAUACACCGUCGUCACUGUAGAUGAUAACAUUGAUAUCGGAAAAAAGAAACCAGUAUGGUUUGGUACGAGACACUUCGUGACCUUCAUGCUAUUUUUGGGCAUGGCCAAUGCUUAUAUUAUGAGGACCAAUAUGUCCGUAGCCAUCGUGGCUAUGGUCAACCAUACUGCAAUCAGCAAGGCACAAGGACACAAUCAUUUGGAGAGCGUUGACACAGAAUGUGGACAUUUCACCAUUAACGGGUCGUCUAAUCAUAAGGAAGCAGAUGGCGAGUUUGAAUGGGAAACUGACGUUCAGGGCUAUGUGCUGAGCUCCUUCUUCUACGGCUACGUGAUAACGCAGAUACCUUUCGGAAUUUUGUCCAAGAGAUACGGCAACAUCUACUUCCUGGGAGUCGGAAUGCUGAUAAAUUCGCUGUUUGGUCUUCUGGUUCCUGUAUCCGCCAAAUAUGGCAUUUGGUGGUUAAUCGCAGUGAGAUUUAUCCAAGGACUGGGCGAGGGACCAAUAGUACCAUGCACUCAUGCUCUGCUGGCCAAAUGGAUCCCCCCAAAUGAGAGAAGCAGAAUGGGCGCUUUCGUGUACGCAGGUGCCCAAUUUGGGACUGUCAUCUCUAUGCCUUUGAGUGGUCUGCUGUCAGUUUCUGAGUGGGGAUGGCCUUCGGUAUUUUACGUUUUUGGAGCCAUAGGCACCAUAUGGUGCAUCUUCUUUUUGAUUUUUGUCCACGAGGAUCCAUUCUCCAGCCCGAGAAUAGAUGACGACGAACGAAAAUACAUACAGAAAACACUUGGAGUUGUACAUGGCGCAGCUACUCCUAAAAUACCAUGGAGGGCAAUUUCGAGGUCCAUGCCUUUUUGGGCGAUAUUGUUAGCCCACAUGGGUCACAAUUUCGGUUACGAAACUCUCAUGACAGAGUUGCCAACUUAUAUGAAGCAGAUUCUACGAUUCAGUAUUAAAGACAAUGGGUUCCUAUCCUCUAUGCCUUACCUAGCUAUGUGGCUGUUCUCGAUAUUUAUAAGUCACGUAGCAGACUGGAUGCUGUCAAAGCCAUACUUCACGCACACAGUGGUGAGAAAACUGAUUAACUCUAUCGGACAAUUUGGUCCUGCCAUAGCGCUUAUCGGUGCAUCUUUUACUGGCUGUAACAAAUGGCUAACAGUAGCCAUUCUGACGGUUGGUGUGGGCUUGAAUGGUGGAAUUUAUUCCGGUUUCAAAGUCAACCAUUUGGACAUUUCUCCACAAUUUGCCGGCAUACUUAUGGCCCUCACCAAUUGCCUUGCGAAUCUUGCUGGUUUGUUGGCGCCAAUUUAUGCUGGCCAUGUUGUUAUAGGAACGCCAAGCCAAGCCAAAUGGAGAAUUGUGUUUCUCACAGCGGCCGCCGUGUAUAUGGGCUGCUGUACAUUCUACGUCAUGUUUGGUUCAGGAGAACGACAACCCUGGGACCAAGAUCCGAACCAACAACAAAGUCUGAAGGAGAAGAAAAAACGCGGACCAACAGAGACCAAAAUUGAGACAACGUGUGCCUAAUUCAGAUACACAAAUAUCGUGAGUUUCGAGAUAAACAAUUGUGAAUACUGUAUAAGUAAGAAGCUUGGAACGAGGGGGUUAGAAAUGGAAACGACCUCAGUUCGUUAAAAAAUUGGAUCACCUUUCUUCCUUUUCCUAUUCAGCUCAAUAUUACAGUUUUGGAAAAAACGGAAUUGGAUUUUUUUUUCUAUCGGGAUAUUCGAUAUGAUAGAUGCAGGAUUGAGCGAACCUUAGUUUUAUAAUGGUUUUCCCUUUUCAACUUCCUUGUCCAGAAACAAUGAUAAUAAUAUUUUUUUAACUGUAGUAUUUAGAUUAGGUAGAUCCUCCGUAUUAUGUAUGAUGUGUGAAUAAUGUGUAGAACACAUAAUGAAAAAUGUUGUUACCUACAUAAGAAGAAUGUUUAUAUUCAUUACAUCUGAUUUUUAUA